GUCUCCCUUUGCUUGACGGCAUAGACAUACUUCUUUGGAUUAUCAUCUGAAAACACCAUCGAAACAAACCGUUUGGAUUAUCAUCUGAUAUAAUAUGAAAACUCAAGUUAUUUUCUUGAUACUAGGUCUGUACCUGCACAUGUACGCCUCGGCACGUGGAGAUGGUGGAUGCAGUGAUGAUGAAGUCAUGGGAGAUGAUGGAAAAUGUGUAGAAUCAGGACAGAUCUCAAGGCGGGGAGAUUAUCCACAGUAUGAAUGUGAUAAGGGCUUUGUCUUGACUGGUGUAGAGUGUACAGAUAAAGAUGAAUGUGGUGAGUCUGUGUUCCCAACGUGUGGACUGGAUGGUAACUGCACAAACACACCUGGCAGCUACACCUGCACCUGUUUUGAAGGGUUCAGGAACUCUAACAACAACGAAAAAGGCCCUUGUGAAGAUGUGAAUGAGUGUAGUAGGAGUCCUCCUCUUUGUGGCCAACAUGGCAACUGCGUCAACACACCUGGCAGCUACAACUGCACCUGUCCAGCAGGGUUCAGGAACCAUAACAACAACACCAGAGAUGAUUGUGAAGACAUAGACGAGUGUGAAACAGACAUCUGUGGCUCUCAAUCUGAAGGCAACUGCACAAACACAAAUGGAAGCUACACCUGUGUGUGUCGCCCUGGUCACAGUAACUAUGGCAACGCCCAGGGCAAGUGCACAAAGCUCACCUGUGACGGAUAUCAUGUCAGCGGCUCAGAUGGACAGGCUGUUGGAGGCUUGGGACCUCUCUGGGAGAAGAUGAGGAAGAACUGUGAGGAUCUGAGUAGCGGGGGAGGAGACACAGGACACGCAACAGGUCAAGGACUCCUCAAGGACAUGCUCACUGGGACGGAUGAGUUCUUGUCUUCUGGCCAGGGUGUGGAUGACAGUAGUCAAGUGACAGGCCUGCUCACCAUGAUGGAGAAAGCCAUGAUGCUCAUCGGACCCCAGAUGAAACAGAACCACACCAAAAUGGAGUCACAGCAUACAGAGGCGGAGCUUGCGGUGAAAAGAGGUAGAACUCCUCCCACUGGGCCGGUCAUGUUGAGCACAGAGAACGCCUCCUUCAACACCAGCUGGGAAAUGGCUGCAGGCAACGGCACUUAUCCAGGUUUCACUGUGGCUGCCCUGGUCAGCUACAAGAGCCUGGACUCCACCCCCGACUCCUCCUUUCAGGCCCUGAGGGAGAAGAUGGAGCAGGAGGAGGAGAGGAGACAGAAGCAGCAGGAGGAGCAGGAGGAGCAGGAGAAGAAGAAGGUGCUCACGGAGCUCCAGAUCGUCUCCAACGUAGUGACGGCCAGCGUCAGCAACCCAGAUACACACAAACUGGACCAGAACGUCAACCUCACCUUCAAACACCCUCAGGAGAGGAAUGAGUCUGAGAGUUUGCGCUACGUGUGUGUGUUCUGGGACAGAGACUCCUGGUCACAGCACGGGUGUGUAUCGUCCUCCACCAGCACACACACCGUCUGCAGCUGCAACCAUCUCAGCAGCUUUGCUGUGCUCAUGGCCCUCUACGACAUCAAGCACACCUUUGAGCUGCAGCUGAUUACGUGGAUCGGUCUGGCCGUGUCUCUGGCGUGUCUGUUUGUGUGCAUCCUGACCUUUGGCCUCUGUCACUCCAUCAAGGGCACGCGCACCACCAUCCACCUCCACCUGUCGCUCUGCCUCUUCCUCGCCGACCUCAUCUUCCUCUGCGGCAUCAGCCGAGCACAGAAGGCUGGCUGUAGUUUGGUGGCAGGGCUGCUGCACUACUUCUUCCUGGCUGCGUUCAGCUGGAUGCUGCUGGAGGGGGUGCAGCUCUACAGGAUGGUGGUGAAGGUCUUCCACACCAGCCUCCGCCCCGCCUACAUGAUGGCCGCCGGCUACGGAGCUCCGCUGGCCAUCGUCAUCAUCUCCGCCAUCGCCUACCCGCAAGGAUACGGCACCGACCAACACUGCUGGUUGUCUCUGCAGCGUGGUUUCAUCUGGGCGUUCUUCGGCCCUGUGUGCAUCAUCAUCUUCCUCAACGCCUUCUUCUUCCUCAUCACACUCUGGAAGUUGGCUGAGAAGCUGACCAGCCUCAGCCCUGACCUUUCCAACCUGCAGAUGAUCAAGGGUUUCACAAUGACUGCGAUGGCUCAGCUGUGUGUCCUGGGGGGCAUGUGGAUGUUUGGCUGCAUCAUGUUCCAGAGUGUGGCCAUGGCCUACCUCUUCACCAUCCUCAACAGCCUACAGGGGGUGCUCAUCUUCCUCAUGCACUGCCUCAUGUCAAAACCUGUGAGAGAUGAGUAUGCUAAGUUCCUGAGUGGCAUCUUCACCCCAGAAAAGAGGAGAUACACAGAGUACACCUCCAAUCCUUCCAGCAACAGCCAGCAGCCUUUGAAAACCAACCCGAGUACGGGUCAGUCACAGAUAUGAGACAACCCAUGACCUUCAGAAGAUCCAUAAUGCUUUGCAAGCCCAGAAUUCUGUAUUAUGUACAGGUGAUCAUCUUUUUUUUCCAGAGAUGUUCUGAAAGAGAUUUGGGUAACACUUUAUAAUAACUACAAACAAUUAAUCAUUUAUUAAGCCUUUGUGUCACCGAGAUUUGUCUCACAAAACAGCCAUUCUUUCAUUUUAAACCCCAGCAGAUGUCAUCAGAAUUUGCUAAAGGCUGUGCAAAAGAUGCUUAAAAUCAUUACAGAUGCUUAAGAUCAUCAUAGAUCAUCACAUAUGUUCCUAUAUGUGUACUUAGCCCUUAGUGUACACAUGUGUGUGAUUUAUGGUUUAUUAUUAUUAUUAUUAUUAUUAUUAUUAUUAUUAUUAUUUUUAUUUGUUAGGGACCAUGUACACUUUUUAACAUAAAUGUUGCCACUUGAUGCAUUGCACCAGAGUGAGCUAGUUAGUCAGGCUAAUUUACAUUUGCACUUCUCAACUGAAUUGUGUUUCCGACAUCCAAGUCAAAGAUCCCUGAAAGUGUAUCCAAAACUCAGGAAGAGGUUUUGUUUUUGACCCAGUGUACAUAUCCUUAUUUUUUAUAGAAUGGAAGAAUCUUAGAUUUUAUAUAUUAUUUUAUAUUUUUUAUAUUUGAACAAAUACAUUUUAAUUAAUCUAUUUACAAUUUUUAUAUUUUAUGUCAAGACUAUUUAAUGUACCUAUUCUUUAUUUCCUUAAGAGUAUGCAUUGGUGAUAAGAACAUACUGUUUAUCGGAUUCGAGUUGUUUGAGUGGUAUUGAAUGCACCGCUAAGUCUAUCGUGGCACUCUUGUGUAGGAUUUGAGUUGUUUGUUGUUGUAUCACAUGGGGCAUAUACUAUAUGCAUUUCUUUGACAUUGUGUUUAUAUUUGUCACAAUUUAUUGCUAUUUUUACGUCAUUUAUGAAUUUUAAAAAACUAAAAAACCUACAGAUUGCACAUUUUCACUGGGUUUUCUGAAGGGUUUUGGUACAUUGUUGAAUUAAUUAAAGGUUUAGAGUUAUGUGAGUCUUAACUGUGUUAACUGCUUUUGUGUCCACACACACAUGUCUAACAGAGCAUAGCAUUCCAUUGUAGUCCCACCAUCUUUCAGUGCUUCGUCAAUUUUGAGAAAUCACAGUGUUCACAAGAUUUUACAUAUUUCAUCUACUAAUCCAUAUUGCCAUCUUCACCAAGUGUGACAAUGUUUAAAAACUUUAUUUAUUCAUGCAUGCAUUUCAUCAGGGACACACUUUGCUUUGAUUGCUGUUAAUAUGCCAUACAAUAAGUUCCAUAAAAAUAAAAGAAAAACUUUCCAUGACAAUUAUACACAUUGCAUUAUUCACAUGCAAUUAUAAUAGUUGAAGAAGCAAGAGAAGAAGUCAGGCCGACAUUAGCGAAGCGGCAGCACCAAACUGGACAGCUGACCCACUAGUGCUGACCAAUCUGACUGCAGAUAAGGUAGUCCCCACAUUUGUGAGUACAUGGGUAAAUUUGUUUGGUUACACUUUACUUGACAUUGUCAACAUAAGAGUGACAUG